AUGAUGGAGGAUCAGCAAUCACUGCAUAGUUUCAUAUCGGACUAUGAUCAACGGUCGCAUGCGGUUGAGAAGUAUGAUGGUCCUGAUCUAUCUGAAGUUGACAGUGAAGACAAUGAUAAAAUGAUCAAGACGAAUGAGGACGAGGCUGUCAAAGAACCUAUUUACAGAACCAGGUCCAACCAGACAGAGCCUGAUAUCGCAAAUGCGCCACCUUAUUCGAGGUUUGACGCUAAAUAUAAGAUGGCUCUGGUUUUGCAAUGUGCUUACACGGGUUUAUUUUCAACAAUGGCAGGCGCUAUUUACUACCCAGUGCUAAGUGUUAUUGAGAAACAGUUCCACAUUACUGAAGAAUUAGUGAACAUAACUGUGGUUGUUUACUUUAUUUUCCAAGGUAUUGCGCCAACUCUUAUGGGUGGACUAGCCGAUUCCUUGGGUCGGAGACCUGUAGUUCUGUUUGCUGUGACAGUUUACUUUGGUGCAUGCAUUGGUUUAGCCUGUGCCCAAACCUACGCACAGAUUGUUGUGCUGAGGUGUCUACAGGCAGCUGGUAUCUCUCCUGUCAUUGCCAUCAAUAGUGGUAUUAUUGGAGAUGUGACGACCAGGGCCGAAAGAGGGGGGUAUGUCGGAUACAUAUCGGGUUUCCAAGUUUUAGGUAGUGCGUUUGGUGCUCUAAUUGGUGCCGGUUUGUCUUCAAGGUGGGGAUGGAGAUCUAUCUUUUGGUUUUUAGCUAUAGGCUCGGGUGUAUGCUUGGUCUUUUCAAUAAUUAUGCUACCGGAAACCAAGAGAACCAUUGUCGGCAACGGAUCAGUUACUCCUCGUAACUAUCUUAACAGGGCUCCUCUACUCAUGUUUCCUCUAAUACGUAGGAAAUUGCACUUAGACGAUCCAGAGUAUGAAACACUAGAACCACGCACACAACUUAGCCUUUUGGCACCUCUUUCAAUUUUGAAAGUCAAAGAGAUUAGUAUUUUGUUGGUUACUGCUGGUAUUCAAUUUGCUACGUGGUCUACUCAUCAAACAGCUUUGUCAACAGUUUUAAGUAAAAACUAUCAUUUAUCAGUUGCCAAGAUUGGUCUAUGUUAUUUACCAACUGGUAUUUGUACUUUGAUAAGUAUCGUGACCUCUGGUAGAUACUUGAAUUGGAGUUACAGAAGGAGAUUCGCUAAACACAAAGUUUGGCUAAAGGAACAAGAAGAAAUUUUAGUGAAAGAAAAUGGCUACAGUAGAGAGGAAGUUCAAAACAUUAUUAAUAAUGAUCCAAAGUAUGUCUUUAACCUGGUACAAACUAGGCUUCACGCUGCUUUCGUUACUCUGUUAUUGAGUAGUAGUGGAUUUGUCGCAUUUGGAUGGUGCAUCGAUGUUAAGGCACCUCUUGCUUCAGUAUUGGUAAUGAGUGGGUUUGCGUCGUUGUUUUCUAAUUGUAUCUUGACUUUCUCUACAACACUCAUUGUUGAUAUUUUCCCUUCAAAGACAUCAACUGCAACAGGAUGUCUGAACUUAUUCAGAUGUUUGCUAUCUGCUUUGUUUAUCGGCUGUUUGAGUAAAAUGGCUACCAGUAUGACCUAUGGUGGUGUUUUUACAUUUUUGGGUGCUCUAACAGCUCUGUCGGCUUGUCCUUUAUUCUACUUGUUGAAGAAUGGUCGUGAAAUUACUCUCAAGAGAAAGAGGAAAGAAGAUGCUAGCAGAGCAUUUGCAUUAUCUGUGGCAAAUGAGAAGGCUGAGGCCGAAGGAAAAGCCGAAGAAAGCAGAUAA